AUGGUGAACAAUUCCGCCCAAGCUGCAGCUGUGGAACUUUGCUAUGAGAAUGUGAAUGGAUCCUGCAUUAAAACCUCGUACUCACCGGGUCCUCGAGCAAUUCUGUACACAGUCCUUGGUUUUGGGGCUGUGCUGGCCAUGUUUGGAAACUUACUGGUUAUUAUUGCUAUCCUUCACUUCAAACAGCUGCACACACCUACAAACUUUCUGAUCAUGUCCCUGGCCUGCGCUGACUUCUUGGUGGGGGUGACUGUCAUGCCCUUCAGCACAGUGAGGUCUGUGGAGAGCUGCUGGUACUUUGGGGAGAGUUACUGUAAAUUUCAUACAUGUUUUGAUACUUCCUUCUGUUUUGCCUCUUUAUUUCAUUUAUGCUGUAUCUCCGUUGAUAGAUAUAUUGCUGUAACUGAUCCUCUGACUUAUCCAACCAAGUUUACUGUCUUGGUAUCAGGCAUAUGCAUUGUUCUCUCUUGGUUCUUUUCCAUCACCUAUAGCUUUUCCAUCUUCUACACUGGGGCCAAUGAGGAAGGAAUCGAGGACUUGGUUGUUGCUCUCACCUGUGUAGGAGGGUGUCAGGCGCCACUGAAUCAAAAUUGGGUUCUACUUUGUUUCCUUCUAUUCUUUAUACCCGCUGUCGCCAUGGUGUUUAUAUAUGGUAAGAUCUUUUUGGUGGCCAAACAUCAGGCUAGGAAGAUAGAAAGUUCAGCCAGCCAUCCUCAGUCUUCCUCAGAGAGUUACAAAGAACGGGUAGCAAAGAGAGAGAGAAAAGCUGCUAAAACAUUGGGUAUUGCUAUGACAGCAUUUCUUGUCUCUUGGCUGCCAUACAUUAUUGAUGCCGUGAUUGAUGCUUACAUGAAUUUUAUAACUCCUCCUUAUGUUUAUGAGAUUUUAGUGUGGUGUGUUUAUUAUAACUCAGCUAUGAAUCCCUUGAUAUAUGCUUUCUUUUACCCAUGGUUUCGGAAGGCAAUAAAACUUAUCAUAAGUGGUAAAGUCUUAAGGAGAGAUUCGUCAACAAUCAAUUUGUUUUCUGAGGAAGCAGAUAUAGAGUGA